AUAGCUUUUGCAGCAUAUGCACCUAUAGUGAUGAGGCUGCCAUUGACCACACACGACAGUAGCUUCCUUUGGUACUCAGUGUCAUCAUUUCUUUGACGUGGGUUCUUCGUACUGUCCCUUCGAUAGGCGGUGAAGUCAGGCGCUUUACAAUCUCUAUAGGUAAAUCGUCUGGAUAGCAAUUCUGAAACCAGAUACACAUGUUAUGUAUUCUAAAUGAUUCAUGAAUCCUCUGAAUACCCCCUGAACCUAAAAUGGAGGAAGUGAUUAUAACUUGUAAAGUAUUUAAUUUAGCAUUGAAACAUCCUGGCCAACUAGUCCUGGUUAGUUAAAUGUCAAAGACGUAAACAAAUAUUAUACUCUGGAAAAUUCAAAUAUUUAAAAAGUACUAAAUAUAAUUAUGAGUAAACGGAAAGCUACUUCAAGCGAAAGCAAUCCCAAUCAUGACUUCUGUGAAUUUUUAGAAGAGCUGUCAGAAUAUGAAAAGAACGUUUCGCGAAACAUCCACAAAUACAAUGCUUAUAGAAAAGCAGCAUCAGUUUUGGCCCAACACCCAACACGCAUCACUUCGGGCGACGAGGCUAAAAAACUAAAAGGAAUUGGUGAAAAAAUUGCAAAGAAGAUUGACGAAUAUUUGGCCACUGGCAAAUUGCGUAAACUUGAAAAUAUUCACAGUGAUGCAAAAAGUAUGGCGAUAAAUCUUCUUAGCAGGGUGAGUGGCAUAGGGCCUGCCAAAGCCCAAAGCUUGGUGGAUGAUGGUAUUAUGACUAUAGAUGAUUUGAAAAAGCAUACUGACAAAUUAACUCAUCAUCAAAUUAUCGGAUUGAAAUACUUUGAAGAUUUUGAGGAAAAAAUUCCUAGAUCAGAAAUCGAACAAAUAGAACAAGUGAUCAAGAAAGUACUCUAUAAUUUAGACUCAGAAUAUGAAGUGACUAUAUGUGGCAGUUAUAGGAGAGGGAGGCAAGAAAGUGGUGAUAUUGACACUUUGAUAACUCAUAGAGAUCUUUACGGUUGCAGAAUUGACAAAAAGCACAAGAGUAAUAUGUUAAAAAAUAUUGUGAAGGUUUUGGAAAAAUGUGAAUUGGUGAAAGAAACACUUUCUCUAGGGGAAACAAAGUUUAUGGGGGCAUGCCAACUUAAAGGCCAUCCAAUGAGAAGACUAGACAUUCGGUUGAUACCACAUGACCAGUAUUAUUGUGCUGUACUAUAUUUUACUGGCUCUAAUAUUUUCAAUCAAAAUAUGCGAGCGCAUGCACAAGAGCAUGGUUUUACACUUAACGAGUAUUCACUGCGGCCUGUUGGCAUCACAGGUAAAAGAAAUUAAUGGCACAAAAAUCAUUAUCAUAUUUUUGGAGAUCCUGCAGAGGUGUAAGGAGAGGGUUUGCAGUGCUCGCUUAAAAAUUGUUCGGGACCCGGUCAUAUUUCGACAACUUAUUGAUACACGAUUUUUCCAUAUAGUUUGGAAAGGGGCUGCAAUAUUUCCCAAGAAUACCUUAAAUGCAUUAUGAAAUCCACAUACGUUUUUUGAAUUCUCCAUAAUUUUUGGCAGUUGUGAAAUAUCUUUUGUAUCAAAAUAGUUAAAAAUUCGAUGUUUGAUUUUUUUUGAUAAGGAAGAAUUGAUGAAAUUUUGAAAUACAGAAACAAUCUUUUGAUUGCUGGACACGUGUUUGACAAUGUCUGCUCUUGAAUCGUGUCGCCUACUUUGGUGAAGGAAGCGAAACAAUCAGCAACAUCUAAAAAAUUAAGUUUCGGUUUCCAGGUAAUUUUGGUUUUCACCAUUUCAAUUCAAGGAUUUAGAAUAGUGUUGGUAGGUAUAGCGAAUUCAUCAGCUUGAUAAGUCUCACAAAUUUGCUUCUUUUAGAUAAUGGUUCAUAAAUAAGCAUGUGUUCCAUAAGCAAAUACUAUGAAAAUAUCCUCUGGAAAUUGAUUACAGGUGUACCUGGUGAACCCGUGGAAAUAAAUGCGGAAGAAGAUGUUUUUGACUACAUCGAUUAUCCUUAUAAAAAACCGGAAAAUAGAGACAGUUAAAUGAUGUUGAUAUAUCAUUCGAAUUCUAUGUACCUUGAUCUUUUGUUUUGUUUUUAAAAACAUAUUUAAUGUUAAAUAAAGAUUAAUUGAUCCUAUAGCAUGUGGAGAUUAGAUUGUUUAUACAAUAUUCAUGGAUUAAACUCGAUUUUAAGUAAACAGAAAUGCGAUAUCAUCUGUUUGAUGCGAUGCAGGAAGUUCAAUGCAUACUCAAAUAUUAGUUGAUAAAAAUAAAACUUCU